CUCCGUGGGCUGGUUAUACUGGGAUCAUUAGCUUACAACUAUUUAUUUAUACUGUACCCUACAAUUAAAAUUAUUUAUUUAUUCUGUACUAUGGGAACAGAAGGUUUCUGGCUGCUGGUUAUCGGAUUUUCUCUUAUUGCGAGCGAACCAAUCUCCAACUCCACUGAAGUGUUUGCUAGAAACUCCACUGAGCUGACAGUGGACUACAGUGACAUCGAGUCCAAGUUCUCCAUCAGAAACCCAGAAUUCCCUGACGAGGAUCUUUGCUAUCUCGUCCCGGGACAACGGGACUCUAUUUUGGACUGCAACUUCAAAAAUGAUUCCCAAACCUUCCUCAUUAUCCACGGAUGGUCGGUCGCGGGUCUGUUUGAGAGCUGGGUCUAUAAGCUGGUGUCGGCUCUGUUUGAACGUGAACCCAGUGCCAAUGUCAUUGUGGUGGACUGGCUGGAUCGGGCCAGCAAACACUACCCCAAAUCAGCAGAAAACACCGGACUGGUGGGGGCAGACGUGGCCAAGUUUGUCAACUGGCUGGAGGAGAUGGACUAUCCUCUGGAAAAAGUGCAUCUGUUAGGCUACAGUCUCGGUGCACAUGUGGCCGGUGUCGCAGGAAACCUCACCAACAACAAGGUCAACAGAAUCACAGGUCUGGACCCCGCGGGCCCCAGCUUUGAGAAUGCUGACCAUCUGAGGCGUCUGUCACCCGAUGAUGCCACCUUUGUGGACGUCCUGCACACAAACACCAGAGGCUCGCCGAACCUCAGCAUCGGCAUCCAUUACUGCAUUCUAGCUGCAAACUGCUACAGCAAACAAAAGCCAGACAUGGACCAGAUCGUCAAAUGCUCGCACGAGCGCUCCAUUCACCUGUUCAUCGACUCACUGGUGAACCGGGCGUACCAGAGCUGGGCGUAUCGCUGCAGCUCCAGAGACGCCUUCAACAAGGGCCUGUGUCUGAGCUGCCGCAAGAACCGCUGCAACAAACUCGGCUACGGCGUCAACAAGAUCCGCAGUGCCAGGAGCGCCAAGAUGUACCUCAAGACCCGCGACAUGAUGCCGUUUAAGGUGUUUCAUUACCAGAUUAAGCUGCAUCUGUUCAGCGACAAAAACAUGACUUUGCUGGAGCAGCCGAUGAAAGUGUCUCUGUUCGGCACGGCCGAUGAGAGGGACGACAUCGCUGUCACUGUGCCCAGCAUGAGCACCAACAGCACCAUCUCGUUCCUGCUGACAUCUGACAAAGACAUCGGCGAGCUGCUGAUGCUGAGCUUACACUGGGAGAAAGAGUCCUAUCUCUACGGCUUCUUCAGCACCAAUCAGUUCAUGAUCCGCAAAAUGAGGAUCAAAUCUGGAGAAACACAGUCCAGGGUAAUGUUCAGACCCAAAGAUGGAGAAUUUGGUUCACUGGUUCAGGGUGGAGACGCUGUUGUGUUUGUGAAGUCCAGCGAGACGCCGCAGAGCAGGAGAGAGCAGAGGCAGCACAGACUGAAACAUCACGGGAGCUUCUUCAAACAGAGCAUCAACGAAGCAACCGCAGACAUGAGUAAAUAUAAUCAAUCAACAGAGAUCAUGACAGAAACCACCGCGCAGGUCAACACUACAAACGCUUUGUGAUUUUAUUAAUGCCAUCUGCACCAGAUAUACUGUAUCUGAACAUUUUCAUUCGAUGUGAAGUUGGGCUUGUGAAUUUCACAGACUUCCAGGCAGUGUUGGGGAAAGUUACUUUUAAAAGUAAUGCAUUACAAUAUUGCGUCUCUCCAU